UAAAAGGGACUUUUUUUUUCUAUGUGCUGAUGUCAUAGUUAGCGAAAUGGUUAAAUAAAACUUUUUCGGGAUUUGAUAUAAAUGUAGUUUAAUUACACCCUUCUUUCUUUUAUUUCCUUUAUAUAUUUUUAUUCCUUUUCUUGGGACGUAAACUCCCCUUCGAAGCCUUAUACUAAUAGAAUAGAAUAAUAUAAUAUAAUAUAUAACAAAAUGACUGGUACAGACGUUGAAGCUUCAAAGAUGUAUAUAUCUUAUAAUAAUAUUCAUCAAUUAUGUCAAGAAAUAGCACCAAAAAUUAAAGACUUUAAACCUGAUUUAAUCAUUGCCAUUGGUGGUGGUGGUUUUAUUCCUGCUAGAAUGUUACGUUCAUUUUUAAAGGAACCUGGUCAACCAAAUGUUAGAAUUAUGGCUAUUAUCUUAUCUCUUUAUGAAGAUAUUGGAACUAUAGGUAAUACUGUUGAAGAAGUUGGAACUCAAGUAGUUAGAACUCAAUGGAUCGAUUAUAAUCAAUCUAAAGUUGAUUUAGUUGGUAAAAAUGUUUUAAUUAUUGAUGAAGUUGAUGAUACUAGAACUACUUUACACUAUGCUGUAUCUGAAUUGAAAAAAGAUGUACAAGAACAAGCAAAGGCUCAAGGUGCUGAUCCAUCAUCUACAAAAUUCGGAGUCUUUGUCUUACAUGACAAACAAAAGGAAAAGAGAGCUGAUUUACCUGCUGAAAUUAUGAAUACUGGUAAUUAUUUUGCAGCAAGAUCAGUUCCUGAUGUUUGGAUCGCUUAUCCAUGGGAAUCUACUGACAUUGUUUAUCAUACAAAGAAAGCACUUGAACAAGGUAAUGAUGUAUUUUUACCUUCUACUACUGAAGAAGAUUAAUCAAUAUAUCUUCACAAAAUACUUGUAUAAUACAUAAUCUUCAAUAGAUCAGUCACUAUGAUUAGAAUCACAAAUAUUUAUAAACUAAAUUAGAAUAUUAAUACU